AUUAUUCCACCCCCCACUCACACUGUCCAAAAAACGGAAAUUUGAGUUAUUUUUCAUUUUUAUAGUGUUUAGUAUUCUUUUCAUUUUUUAGCUAAGCCAGCUUCAAGCAAAUAUCUGGAAACCAAAAAUCUUGUCAUGUCUAUAAUGGCCGUGCAGCACCUUCUUCUUCCGUGAAGUAUCCAAAUCAAAGCUUGCACUGAUGGGCAGCAAAAUCCUGCAUUUGUUUCAAAAUCUAACAGGAGUCAUUAUAACUAUGAAUAUGCACAUAUUUGCCUUAUGAUGUUUUGUUUGUUUGAUGAAAACAUUGUCAUUCCUAAGCAAUCUAACCUUAGACAGCUGGUUGUAAAAUAUUUCCCAUUUUCCCCUCGUAAAAAAUUACACAGGAGUGCUCCAAUCAAAACUGUGCAAAUAUGUAUGUUAGUUCAGCUUCUUGUGCUCAACAUUGUUCCAUUUAUCUCCAAUGUUUGUCUAGAUUUUUUCAUGUCCAUAGGCUUAAUAGUUUCAUCCCCAGCUCAUGUAAUCUUUCUUGAGAAAAGAAUGUGCUAGUAUUAGUUUCUGGAGGGCAGGACAGUUGUCACCAAGAUCAGGUGGUAAAGAAAAGUUCAGUCUAGGAGUUGAAUCAUUUUCUUGUAGUCUUGAUCAUGGAAACUUUUAUUAUGUAAAACAAAUUGUUCUUUUAUCACAGCCCUGGACUCGAAUUCAUUUAACCUUUUUGACAAUGCUCUGUACAAUAUCAUAUGUAUUCAUGACUUGCCAGGCAUACCAACUUGAUUGGAUAAAUUUAUUUUUGUUCUUUGUUUAGUUCAUUGUCCAAUUAAUGUACUAAAUUUAUAAGGGAAUGCUGACAUGUUCUGUGGGCCAUGUGGGUUAACUGGAUGUUGAUGAUCACUGUCAAAUGCCUGAAGUACACUGAAGUUAUAAUUUUACAUUUUGAUUACUGUCUAACUGAGUUCACGGGUUCAAGUCCUGGAAACAGCCUCUUACAGAAAUGUAGGUAAAGGCUGCGUACAAUAGACCCAAAGUGGUCGGACCCAUCCCCGGACCCUGCGCAAGCGGGAGCUACAUGCACCGGGCUGCCCUUUUGUCGCGAUAUCUUAUGGGUUUCACCUCUAGCCUACCCCAACUUGUUUGGGACUAAAGGCUUUGUUGUUGUUGUCGUUGUAUUACUGUCUAACUGAGUUCUGUAUUCAUGUUUUAUGAGUUUGUCCAAAUGAAGGAACUGUGAGCAUAGGGUGUUGAUUCAAGAGGAAAACCCUAAGUAGGAAGGAAGGAAUAAGUAACUGGAAGAAGAAAGAAGUCACCUGAGUUUCCAGAAAACCCUUGGGGAAGACAAGAAAAGAAUGAAGUACAGACAAAGCAAAGCUCUAAUCCUCCUCAGAUAAUUUUCUGAUGCCCCUCUCCAUUUGCAGUAACGCAUUGCUUCAUACCCCCUACUUAUAGAGGAUUGUACACCACCUUGGCUACAAAGUUACAAGGCGAGGAGACAACUUUGAAAGCGAUGGCUGUCCCACAAGUUGACAAGAAAAUGCUUGGUGAACUUGAAGUUAUGGGAUUCCCCGCCGUUCGUUCAAUUAGGGCACUUCAUUAUUCUGGUAAUUCCAAUCUUGAAUCUGCGAUAAAUUGGCUUCUGGAACAUGAAAGUGACCCAGACAUUGAUCAGCUACCAUUGGUUUCAAGAGAAAUCAGCAUUGAAUGUGGUGACACAUCAAGCGAAGUGAGAAACAGCGUUCAAGGAAUGAGGACCCAUGCCCAGGCGAGAAAACCAGAAGAGCAAACUACAGCUGGAAGUCAGAAGGAGACUUCAGAGGUGGAAAGAGAACUCAAUGCCAAUGAACAUGAGGAAGAGGAUAGAAAGAGGGUUUUAGCACUACAUAAGUCAAAGCGUGACGAGGAAGAAAAAGCACGAGGGAGAAUCAGAAAUCAACUUCAGGAGGAUAAGAGGGAGAGGAUUCAAGCUGCUAAAGAUGUUAUGGAAGCAAAACGGACUCUUGAAGAAAAUCAAAGAAAACGCAUGAUGGAAAGUCGAAAAGCAGAACAAGAGGAGGAGAAAAGAGCAAGAGAGAGAAUCCGUCAGCGUAUAGAGGAUGAUAAGGCAGAAAGAAGGAGAGGGCUUGGUUUGCCACGGGAAAAUACAGUAGCAUCAGCCCCGAUAGUAACUCUCGCAAAGGUAAAACCUAUUGAACCAGUUGUAACAUCAGAACAAUUGAGAGAUUGCCUACGAACUCUGAAAAAGAAUCACAAGGAUGACAACGCUAGAGUGAAAAAAGCAUUCCAAAUAUUGCUGAAGAUAGUCGCCAACAUAGUAAAGAACCCAGAAGAGGAGAGGUUCAGGAGGAUUCGACUAAGCAACCCUGUUUUCAAGGACAGGGUGGGUAAUCUGCAAGGCGGCGUAGAGUUCCUGGAGCUGUGCGGGUUCCAGAAGCUCAGGAACAACAGCUACCUGGUCAUGCCGAGGGGCAAGGCCGACGUGGCGCUCCUCAACGCGGCGGGGGUCGAGAUCGCGUCUGCCAUGGAGAAUCCCUACUUUGGGCUGCUCUCCAAGUGAGCGGGACAGCCUGCAUUCAUCUCUGCUUCACCAUUAAGAGCUCAUCUAUAUUCGGUACUACGAGCUUUGUAAAUAUUAAAAACCUUUGUGGCAAUGAAGUGUGAGUACCAGCGAAUGGACGGCACGGCGCUGUAGCUCAUAGAUCUCGUCGAUGGGAUCUAUCCCCUGUAUGUAACUGAACAAAUUGUGUUCCAGUAAAUCUCAUGAUUUGUUGGCAA